ACUCCUUCAUCCUGCUUGCCUGCACUGGCGCCCCCCUGGGGCCCAGAGGACAAAAGACAAACCUCGCCCGUCUGUUUUUUGGUUCCCGAUACGGACGGGCCAUUCCCUGAGGCCCCUCCCACCAGCUCUUAUCUGAUUGGCCACAAUACCAUGAGCUCUGGCUCCGCCCAGGAUGUGGCGGUGGAGCGCUUCCUGCGUGAUAUCGAGAGGAGGGGCAAAAAGCUGCACUGCACUGUAAUUGGCCGAGAGGGGAGCGGUCCCCGCGGCGACAUGAACCUGCUUUAUCGCAAGAGCCGGCUGGACUGGCGGCACCGCGACGCCGAUGGCAACAAGAAGAGCUCCGGCCCUAAGGACGCCUCGGCUACGGUGGGGAAGGUGCGUGACCUGGCCUCAUUCCGUCGUCAUUUUCGAAUGGGCUUCCUGACCAUGCCCGCCUCCCAGGACCUCUCCCCCCGGCCCUGCGCCUCUGCCAUGGCCCCUCGGUCGCAGUCCUGCCACUCCGUCGGCACAGGCGGCGACGACGGGAGCCUGGAGAACGGUGAAUUCCCUGGGUCCCGUCCACCUUCUGCUGACCGCCGUCCCCCGGCUAAGCCCAAGCGCCACCCCAGCACCCGCCUGAGCUCACCCGCAGACCCCCGUGGUGUUGGAGCGCCCAAGGAUGCCCCGCCCCCACUGCCUGCUGCCUCACAGCUACCCAGUCAGCAUCUGGACAAGAGAAGCGCCAUGAGUAAGUCUGACUCGGGAGACAUGCUGGGCCGGAAGGUUCCACCACUCAAGCCAAAACGGAGCCCCAACACCCAGCUCUCCUUCGAGCCCCCGCCCCCCAGGGCACCGCCCCCGCCUGCUCCGCUGCCCCGCCCCGCCCAUGAGAGAGCGGGGCCGGUGGAGGACACCGGCGAUGAGGAGGACGAGCCGGUAUACAUCGAGAUGGUCGGCCAGGUGUUUUCCCGGGAGAGUCGCGCCGUCACACCACACCCUGCCCCCGGCCCCACCCCCCCAGCAGGGGCCACCACCCCUGACUCGGACUCGGAUCAAAGCGAGGCCAUCUACGAGGAGAUGAAGUACCCCCUGGCGGAGGACAGCGACCCGCACGCUCACCUCCCACCCAGACACGAGAGGCUGCGGCACCCCAAGGCCUCCCACCCGUCGGCCGCACCCUGUGCCUCCUCGCCCCUCCCCCACCCCUCCUCGCACGCUAAGCCUAAAGCUGCAGUCUCCAUCUCCCACUCCUCCCCCUUACCCUCCUCUACCUCCUCCACCCCCAUUCCCACGCCCCUCUCCUCCAGCCCUCAGCCCCCCCGUGCUCCGACCCCUUUUCUCCUCCCAGCUAACAAGACCCAGACGGACACCAGUAACAAGAUCCCGGCUCCUUUCCCCAACCUCCUGCAGCAUCGCCCCCCCCUACUGGCCUUCCCCCAGCCUGCAGCCGCUUCCAGCGGAGUUGGGGCCCAGCUCAAACCUGGGUCCUCUAAAGGGCCUCCCACCCAGGUCACCUGCAGCAUGACCCCCCCGCUGAGCACCUCCUCCAGCUCCAAACUCCCAGUCCUUCAGCUGGGCCCCAAAGACUCCUCUGGUGGUGGGGAGAGGCAAGCGGACAGGAAGGAGGCACUGCUGGGCCCAGCCCCUGGACUGCGGGCUCGGAGCCACUCCACCCCCCUGCCCCCCUCCUCCCAAUCCUCUUCGCAUCACUACUCCCACCAGCACUCCCACCGACCCCCCUCCCACUACCACCAUUACCGGCGGCCUGAGAAGGAGCUGCCCACCUCCCACAGCAUGAAACUGGGCUCCCAGUCUUCAACCCAAACCCAGAACCAGACUCCAGUUCAGUGUGGGAGCAAGGAUGCCAAGGGCGUCGGCUUCUUGCUGAAGUCUGAGAAGCGGGACAGGGAGAGGGACACAGGGACCCCCGCGAGCACGGGCUCCCAGGCCACGCCCACCCCCAGUGCCAAGGUCAGCUUGAGCUCCGCCCCCUCCCCUUCCUUCGUCUCCACCUCCACCCAGCGUUCCUCCUCCCGGCCCCUGCUCCAUCACCCUCACUCCGCCCACCCUCUGUACCACGCCCUCCCCGCCUACCGCCCCCCCCCCUCGGACAGCCCACUGCUGUGGACCUACCCCUCUGCAGCACUCAGGAGGCCCCCGGCCUAUGACAGCCUGCGGGGCGGGGCUACAGACGGCUCUGCUCAACCCGCCCUGCAAGCGAAAAGCGGGAGCCUGUCUCGGGAUGGGGGUGUGUCCGGAGGCGGAGCCACAACAGACGAGGGAGCCUAUUGGCCCAUGCAGAGGAAGAUGUCCUUCAGUCACAGCAACAGAGAAACAGAAAAGGAGGAUGGCCAACCUGGGAGCAGUGCCGCCGACAGCCGGGCCCGGAUGGACCGGGAGGACCGCGCCACACUCUCCGGUAUCCCAGUGCGGUCUGGGGGAGGGGGAGUGGUGGCAAGUGGAGGCGGCGAGAGUACAGGAGGCACAGGGAGGAGCCCGGAGCCUCGGGCCCUGGCCAGGUCCGGCCUCCCGCUGCCCUGCCAGACGUUCCCAGCUUGCCAUCGGAAUGGAGAGCUGGGCCGCCUUGGUCGUUCCUCCUCCACCUCCGGUGUGCGACACGGGAACAGUAACAUGCAGCGCCAGGGCAGCCUUCCCCCACGGGAGGCGCUGAGCCAGCUCCAGACCCAAUCGCAGGCUGCACCACCCAGCACGCCCCCCCUCUCCCACCAACAGCAGCAGCUCCAGCUGCACCAGCAGCUCAGACUCCAGCUGCAGUACCAGCACCUGGCCCAGCUGGCGCAGUGCCAGCCUCCCACCACCGGGGGCAGCGGCACACCACCAACCCAGGGCCAAAGGGAUGGCAAGCUCCUGGAGGUGAUAGAGAGGAAACGGUGCCUAUGUAAGGAGAUCAAGGCACAUCGCAGGCCUGACCGCAACCUGUGCAAGCAGGACAGUAUGCCCAUCCUACCCAGCUGGAGAAGGACACCGGAACCUCGCAAGACAGGCACCCCUCCCUGCCAACCCCCGGCCGUGCUGUGGGACACCUCCAUCUGAGGCGGGGUGGGGUCCGGGGUAGGGGGCAGGGCACAGAAGGGAGCCAAUGUGUGAAUGAAAGGAAUUGGGGUUUGGGGGGUGUGGUCAGGAGAAUCAGAUGUGAUUGGAUGGCGAGCACAUGACCAGGAUGGGACCCUGGCACCCAUGGUUGGGUCAGUUUGUGGUCCUUAAGAUGAAAAUCCUCCCUCUAGCUGGACUGACAGAAGAGAGGACUAGGGAAUGAGGGAGAAGAGAAGGAAAAGGAGGAAUAUAAGGAGUAUGACCUCAACACUGGUUUCCCGGUGCCAUCUGACGUAGGAGCUGGACAAGGCGAGAGGUGGAGUUCAGGUGCUGGGUCACAGCGGAGCUUAUCGAGACGGAGGGACGGAUGGAGACAGACACGGACGGAGAGAAUCGCCGAGAGCAUCUCUUAGCCCGAGCCACCCGAGUUUACGCCAAGAAUCUGUACAAUCCUACCUUGUUUUUAAAACACUAUCUACUCUGUAUCUCCUGCUGCUAUAAAAGAUGGCGAAUUCAGCCGAAUGCCUGAAAAAGAGGAGGCGGGUCUCAAAAAGGGUCCAAAGAUAACGGAGGAGGAUGUGUGAACGUGAAGAGAAAGCCAACAGUCCCGCCUUCAUCCAUUCUAGGUUCAUCCAGCACGAGCCGAUGGUGCAAGGAGUCGCGUCCACUCUGCCACUCUGAGCAAGGGCUUGCAUCGGCUAACCCGUCACCGAGAGCCAAUCACAGCUCAGUUCCCCAUCCCGUCAGCGACAGCCAAUCACGGCUCAGUUCCCCUUCCACGUUGUAGAAAGUCGCUGUUGCUCCAGCACAUGGAAGGAACUCGCAUCUUGAACGCAGCCACCGGUCACCGACAAAGGAAACAAGUGCUUUUUGAACACACUUUAAAUUAUUUUGUACAAAAUUGCCAAAAGUCUCCAGUUAGCUUGAUCCUUAAGAUUAAAGUACGAAGCAUACUCAGAAAUUUCUUUUACUAGAAGCAGGUUGCUACGAUUAUUCUUUUUUGUUUGAUUUGUGAAUGAUAUUUAAACGUAAGUGGGAAUCAAUUAAAAUU